AUGUCAGAGGCAGACAAUCUCCGUAAACUCAUAGAGGAGCGCGGUCAUGUUAAGGGUGCGCUCACGAGGUUUAAGAAAUUCUGGGAUGAACAGGGCAGGAUUGCAACAAUCGAAUCUCUUCAAGAGCGACUCAUCAGAAAUGUGCCGUUGAUUGACAAAUUCGACGCAAUACAAGACCGCAUUGAGGCACUUAUAGUAGGGACGCAGGAUGAAGACGCGCAUAGACAGUUCAGGAAUGUAUUCGAGACUAUAUAUUUUGAGGUCAUUGGGGGGUUGCGGGCACACAUACAGCGUGCACAAGCGCCGGCUUUGAAUGUUAACACGCAUCGCACGUUAAAUCUUACGUCUGCAUCUCCCACGGUUUCUGAGACUGCGAAUACAGUUAGACUGCCAGCUAUUCCAGUGCCCAAUUUUCAUGGAUGUAUUGGGGAGUGGGUCUAUUUUCGUGACAGCUUCGAAUCACUGGUAAACCGAAACGAAGCGUUGAGUGGUAUGGACCGUUUCCAUUAUUUGAAGUCCGCGGUAAAAGGAGAAGCUGCUCGUGCUCUUAAGUCAUUGCCCAUGUCCGAGGAUAACUACGAUGCCGCAUGGAAGCUUCUAAGCGAUCGGUACGAGGACACUAACGAACUAAUUGACUAUCACGUGGGAUCGGUUUUCGAUUUAUCGCCGAUGGUGAAAGGUUCACCAGUGAGCCUUAGGCAAUUGCUGGACGAUUUCAGCAAUCAUUUACGAUCGUUAAAAUCACUGAAGGAACCGGUAGAUUCAUGGGACACGUUAUUGGUUCAUUUGUUAAGUACGAAGUUAGAUGCGCGAACAAGCGAAGCAUGGGAAAAACGGGUAUCGGAGUUAGGGGAAAGGAAAAAGUUAUCUGACUUGCGGAGUUUUCUUGAACAAAGAUACAAGUUUAUUGCAAAGGCAACGAGGGCAAACCAGGCAGGCUCAGGUUCACCGAACAGUAAAUUCAGCGAACAGAAGCCGCGAACCCGGUCGGUAGCGUUGGUUAACGCCGAGACGGGCAAAUGUCCAUUGUGCGCCGCCGGUCACACAUUACCACAAUGUACAGAGUUUAAGGCAUUGGCGAUUAAUGCUCGCAUAAAAUUGGUAAAGAAAUUGAGGGUAUGUUUCAACUGUUUGCGAGGGGGUCAUAGUUUCAAGACCUGCACUCAAGGUUCCUGCCAUCAGUGUCAGGCCAAACACCAUACGCUGAUUCACAUUACCAAGUUGAGAAAAUCGAGUUCAAAUUCGAGUAUCGAAAAGGUUUCCACCGAGGAAGCAACCUCGUCUCAGAGCUAUGUUGCUCAUAGUUCCGACGGGUCAGAGCAUGUAUUCUUAUCCACUGCAGUUAUCUAUGUUAUGGAUGAUAGGGGUAGGAAACAUGAAUGUAGGGUCUUACUCGAUCAGGGGUCGCAGGUGAAUAUUGUAAAAGAGUCGUUCGCAAGGCGAGUAGGCUUGACGUGGGAAUCAGCACGGUCUUUGAUUUCGGGCAUAGGGGCCACUGACGCAGGUACAAGCGUUAGCGGCCAAUUGCAGGUACGGAUCGCGUCGCGAUGUACAGGUUACCGUGCUAAGUUGCCGUGUAUUGUAAUGAAGAAAAUUACAUCGGAUAUUCCUAACUUUCAUGUUUCGAGGCAGGUGUUAAAUGUUCCAUCGCGUAUUCACCUCGCGGAUCCUCAAUUCGACACACCUCACGAUAUUGACCUCCUUAUCGGGAAUGGUUAUCUGUGGGAUAUCAUGUGUGUAGGCCAGCAUAGAUUAGGACGUGGGUUACCGGUCUUAUUGAAAACACAGUUGGGUUGGGUGUUCGGGGGACGCAUGCAGGGGCCCGUUGAAUCCCAGGCGCAGAUCUGUGGGUUGAUUACUAACGAUCAGCUGAAUGCUCAGUUGACACGGUUCUGGGAAAUAGAGCAAGUUUCGACAAACAAUGACGCGAACAAUCACCCGUGCGAGGAUCAUUUCAUACAAACGGUCGCACGAGACAGGGACGGGCGAUAUAUGGUGACGAUUCCAUUCACCGACGGUAUUCGGGAUCUGGGCGAUUCUUUCAACAUGGCCGAGCGACGAUUUCUUAAUAUAGAAAGAAAGUUAAUUAGGUCACCGAUCUUAAGGCAAGAAUAUCGCGAAUUCAUGCGAGAAUACGAAAGACUAGGGCACAUGUCGAAGAUACUACGGGAUGGUCAUUCGGUUGCAAAGCCAGUUUAUUACCUGCCGCACCACGCCGUAACGAAGGAGACUAGCACCACGACAAAGGUGCGAGUAGUUUUCGACGGGUCCGCGAAGACGUCCACGGGAGUAUCGUUGAAUGAGAUACAGCGUGUCGGUCCAGUAGUUCAGGACGAUCUAAUUUCAAUUUUAAUUCGGUUUCGGCAAUUUCCCGUCGUGUUAAAUGCUGACAUCGCGAAGAUGUAUCGGCAAAUUUUGAUAACGCCCGAGCAACGUGGUCUUCAACGUAUUCUAUGGCGAGAAGAACCCACGCAGCCACUUGCGACAUACGAACUCAACACGGUCACGUAUGGUACUGCAUCAGCUCCGUUUUUGGCCACUCGUGUUUUGCGGCAGGUCGGUUUAGACAAUAUCGACACAUAUCCAAUUGCGAGUCACAUAAUUAUGCAAGAUUUUUAUGUCGACGAUUUGCUUACGGGCGCGGACACGAUAGAGCAGGCCAAAGUGUUAAAACGGGACGUCAGUAGGUUGUUAAGGGAAGCAGGGUUUGAAUUGAGGAAAUGGGCAUCAAACGAGCCAACAGUGGUUGACUCGGUGUCAGACAAACCAAAGGACAUUGUUUCGCAGGCGGAGAAGGAUCCAAGAACCCUUGGAUUGUUGUGGGGCCCACUGACCGAUGAGUUGCGAAUCGCGAUAAAGGAUAGAAUCACGACACGAGUAACGAAACGCGUUAUUUUAUCCGAACUCGCGAGAAUAUUCGACCCGCUCGGCUUAGUGGGUCCAGUUGUCAUUAGGGCAAAAUUGCUGAUGCAGUUGCUGUGGCAGCUGAAGGUGUCCUGGGAUGAAUCGGUUCCGCAAAGAAUUCAUGCAGAAUUCCAGGAUUUCCAAUCAGAGUUACAAUCUUUACGACAACUUGCGAUACCCCGACUCGUACUAGGGCUGAAUUCUACACAGGUAGAAAUUCACGGUUUUUGUGACGCUUCUGAGAAGGCCUACGGUGCAUGCGUGUACCUGCGCACGGUCGACGGGAGGGGUAAGGGUACAACUCAUUUAUUGUGUGCCAAAUCGCGAGUGGCACCCCUAAAAACAAUAAGCCUGCCGCGACUAGAACUUUGCGGGGCCUUAUUAUUAAUGCAUUUAGUCGACAAGGUGCGAACCGCGUCUCGGAUUGCCAUAGCUCGGGAGUUUUAUUGGAGUGAUUCCAUGAUCACGCUUGCCUGGGUGAAGGGAUCUCCUAAUCAGUGGAAGACAUUUGUCGCUAAUAGGGUUACGGAGAUCCAAAACUUAUCACAGGGCACGUGGUGUCAUGUGGGAUCCGCUCAAAAUCCUGCGGAUCUCCUAUCGCGAGGAGUGCGGCCGUCCGCUUUGCAAGACUUGGGUCUUUGGUGGAACGGCCCAUCGUGGCUGCAACAAUGUCCACCCGAGUGGCCGGUCACUGGUCAGUUACCUAUCGAGGUGCCAGAGGGAAGGGCCGUAGUGUGUACUGUUCUCAAGGGAGAGACAAACACAAACUCUAGUCUCUUGACGCGAUUCUCACACUACGCGCGAUUAAUUCGGGUGGUCGCGUAUUGUUUACGGUUCUGCCAUAACGUCCGUACCCGUAAAAUUCACAGGGAUGCUUCGGGUGCUUUCAAGAACAGCCAGAUAAGUAGAUCUCCGGAAUCUUUUGUUAGGUUAUCCAUUAGGGACUUAGAGUUGGCCGAGGUUGCCAUUCUUAAACUGGUCCAGAAAGCAGCAUUUGGUCAAGAGUUAGCAGACUUGCGUUUAGGUAAAGUGGUCGGCUCUUCAAGUACGGUACGCUGUCUAAAUCCGGGUUUAGACGACAAAGGACUCCUCAGGGUGGGCGGUAGGCUCGGCAAUUCCGAAUUAAGAUAUGAGCAGCAACAUCCGGUGAUUUUACCAAAGGACAGUCCUAUCACUCGAGCAAUCAUUCGUCGUGAACACGAACGAAGUUUGCACGCGGGAUGUGAAGCGGUCUUAUCAGCGAUUCGGAGGCGAUAUUGGCCACUGGCCGGCCGAAGCGUCGUCAAGAGUGUUUUAAGAACUUGCGUAAAAUGCUGUAGGACAAAUCCAAAGGGUGUUGCUUACUUAAUGGGUCAACUACCUGCGGCACGAGUCCGAGUUAGAGCUCCAUUUUUGAGCACUGGGGUGGAUUAUGCAGGGUCCCUUUUAUGUAAAGGACCAGACGCGCAGUAA